AUGGUUCCACCAAAGUUGCUAGCGCAGAUUCUUUUCGGCAUAGCUAAUAUUCUACCAAAGCAAAAGUUAUUUCCACAGAAAAAACUAUCAGUGGCAGCAUUUCGAGACCUGAAGAAGAGAGAAAUGACAGCUUAUAAUGUUAUUGGCUACAGAGAUAAAUCGCGUUUAAGGACUGCUACAGCUUAUAAUGUCAUUGGCUACCGUGAUAAACCGCGUUUGUGGACUGCUGUCGAGAUGCUUAAAACGACUCAAGAAAUUGAAAAGAGAUUGGAAAGAGUAUCUUUGCCAUUGUUAAUCCUUCAUGGAGAGGCCGAUAUUGUGACGGAUCCGUCAGUGAGCAAAACAUUUUACGAGAAAGCUAGCAGCUCAGACAAGAAGCUUAAACUUUACAAAGAUGCUUAUCAUUCUCUUCUUGAGGGGGAGCCUGAUGAAAUGACAAUUCAAGUUUUUAGUGAUAUUAUUUUAUGGCUUGAUGAACACAGCUUGAAACAUUCUUCAUUUUCCUCUAAUUGA